UCCCAACCUAACUUUCUAUUGCUUUCUAUAUUUUUGAUAACUGCAAAACAUAAGGCUACACAAAAACACAAAAUAUUUAUUUAUUUUUUCAUACAUCAUAAUGUUAUUCGAUAAAUUUAUCAUUAAUUGUUAUUAAUCCUAUAAUUUAUUUGUUAUUGUUGAUUAAAAAUUAUUUAAAAAAUGGGAAAUCAACUUGUGGGUAUUGCACCUAGUCAAAUAUUUCCAGUUGAACAUUAUUUGACAGAUCACAGUGAUCUUUUAUUUGACAUCAACUUAGGAAGUACAAGAUUUUUUAAAGUUGCUCGUGCUAGAAGUCAAGAGGGUUUAAUUGUUGUUAAAGUAUUUGCAAUACAUGAUCCAACAUUACCAUUGUCAACAUACAAGGAUAAACUUGAAGAUAUUAGAUCAAAAUUAUCAUCAGCUGUUAAUUGUUUACCAUUUCAAAGAACCAUUCUUACUGAAAAAGCUGGAUUUAUUAUGAGAGAAUAUGUCAAAUAUUCAUUGUAUGACAGAAUCAGUACAAGGCCAUUUCUAUCGAGUAUUGAAAAAAAAUGGAUAACAUUUCAAGUUUUAUAUGCUCUUAAUCAAGCUCACAAGUUUGGAGUUUGUCAUGGUGAUAUUAAACUAGAAAAUAUUAUGAUUACUAGUUGGAAUUGGGUUUUAAUAACUGAUUUUGCUAGUUUUAAACCAACUUAUCUUCCUGAGGAUAAUCCAGCUGAUUUUUCAUAUUUUUUUGAUACAUCUAGACGAAGAACUUGUUAUAUUGCACCAGAAAGAUUUGUCAAAACUUUAUCAUCAGAAUUAAGUAGUACACUUCUACUUCCUGAACAAGAACUUAAAACUGGUGAUUUACAUCCAACAAUGGAUAUAUUUUCAGCUGGUUGUGCAUUAACUGAAUUAUUUAAUGAGGGACAUUCACCAUUUGAUUUUUCACAACUUUUAGCAUAUAGAAAUAAUGAAUAUUCAGCAAGUAAACAUCUUGAUAAAAUUGAAGAUAAAGGAAUACGUAAAUUAUUAACAUCAAUGCUUGAAAAAAAUCCAAAUAAUCGUAAAACAGCUGAAAUAUAUUUAUCACAAUCACGUGAUAAAAUAUUUCCUGAAUAUUUUUAUUCAUUUCUUCAAUCUUAUAUGUUAAUAUUUUCAGCAGCACCAAUUUUAUCACCAGAUGAAAAAAUAAAUCGUUUAAAAAAAGAUAUAUGUAAUAUUAUAAAUAUAUUUAAAACAGAAGAAAAUAAUGUAAUAGAUAAAGUGGAUGCUGAUGCUAAUGCUAAUGGGGAUGAUGAUGAUGAUGAUAAAAAAAGUUCUGAUAAGUUUGAAUGUAGUGAAAGAUUAGAAGGUUUAAUAAUAAUAACACAAUUAGUAACAUCAUGUAUACGUGGUUUACAUCAUUCACAAUCAAAACUACAAAGUCUUGAAAUAUUAUUAGAACUUGCUGAAAAUACAUCAGAUGAAACAAUACUUGAUAGAAUAUUACCAUAUAUAUUUCAUUUAGUACAUGAUCCAGCACCACGUGUACGUGUAUCAGCAAUAUAUACAUUAACAAAAUGUUUAUAUUUAGUUAAAACAAUACCACCAACAGAUAUUAAUAUAUUUCCAGAAUAUAUAUUACCUGGUUUAUCACAUUUAACACAAGAUGAUGCUGUUAUUGUACGUGCUGCAUUUGCUGAAAAUAUUGCUCAUUUAGCACAUAUUGCAUUACGUUAUUUAGAAAAUGCACAUGUUAUUAAUAAUAAAGAUGGACAAAAAACAAGUUAUGAAAAUGAAUUACAAACAUUACAUGAAAUGAUACAACAAUCAGUAUCAAUGUUAUUAACUGAUUCAUCAAAUUUAGUUAAACAAACAUUAAUGGAAAGUGGAAUAAAUAAAUUAUGUAUAUUUUUUGGUAAACAAAAAGCAAAUGAUGUAUUAUUAAGUCAUAUUAUAACAUUUUUAAAUGAUAAAGAUGAUAAACAAUUAAGAUCAUCAUUUUUUGAUUGUAUUGUUGGUGUUGCUGCAUAUGUUGGUUGGCAUUCAAGUCCAAUAUUAAUGCCAUUAUUACAACAAGGUUUAACUGAUCCAGAAGAAUUUGUUAUUAAAAAAUCAAUAAAUGCAAUGUCAACAUUAACAGAACUUGGAUUACUACAUAAAUCAGCAUUAUAUCAAUUAUUAAAUGAAACAGUUGUUUAUUUAGUACAUCCAAAUUUAUGGAUAAGACAUGCAACUGUUGGUUUUAUAUCAUCAACAGCACGUACACUUAAUAUUGUUGAUGUACAAUGUAAAGUUCAAGCAAUUAUUAAAAAUUAUUUACGUCAUUCAUUAAUACAAAUUGAAAAUGAAAUGUUAUUACUUGAAGCACUUGUACCACCAAUACCAAGAAUAAUAUAUGAUUCAAUAAUUAAAUAUCAUGAUAUUGAUGAAUUAUAUUUUGUACUUGAAGAACGUAAAUUAGCAAGAACAAAAGCAACAAGUGGUAGUACUGUUGUACAAUAUAGUGAAACAAGUUUAUCAUUAAAAAAUUUAUUUCGUCGUUUAAUAUCUGAAUCAAUGAAUGAUAUUAUUGAAGAACAGCUAUUAUCAAUGAAACAACAUUUAAUAAAAAUAAAUAAAUAUAAAAUAACAUCUGAUAAUAAACAACAAGCAAUUAAAUCAGCAAAUGAAGGUAAAUUAGAAUUAAGUACAAUAAAAGAUACAAUAAGACAUCAUAUUGUUAUGCUUUAUCCAGAUUCAAAAAUUGAAUUAAAUGGUUUUAGAAAAAUUGAUAAUAAUAAUAAAUUAAUAAUUGAUAAUACAAAUAUAUCAUCAUCAUCACAUUAUAGUGUUAUGAAUCAAGAAUGGAGAACAAUGUUUGCUGCAAAUGAUACAAGUCAAACAAGUAUUAAUAAAUUAUCUGAUAUAACAAAUUCAUGUCAAUCAAAUCAAAGUCCAAUACAUAGUAGUGGUGAUAUACAUUUAUCACCACAACAUAGUAAUAGUUUAAAUGAUUUAAAUAGUAUGAAUGAUCAUUCAUUACAUGAAAGAUCAUAUAUACAAUAUAGAUGUGCACCAUGUAGAUUAGAAUUACGUCAAUUAACAUAUCGUAAACAAGAACAACAUGCUGCAACAUUACGUGCACAACAUUGGGCUGAUAAUAUUGCAUGGCAUAGUGGUACACGUUUAUUACCAAAUGGUUGGCGUCCACGUGGUGUAUCUGUUGCAUAUUUACAUGAACAUAGAGCUGCUGUUAAUCGUAUUGUAUCAAUACCAGAUUCUGGUUUAUUUGCAAGUUGUGCUGCUGAUGGUUGUAUACGUAUAUGGGAUGCAAGUAAAAUGGAAGGACGUAAUAUUGCAAAUAGAUCACGUCAAACAUAUAUUAAUCGUGGUGGACCACUUGUUGGUCUUACUGUAUGUGAACAAGGACAAAGUUUAGCAUCAUCAUCAUCACAAUCAGGAACAGUAUUUGUAUUACGUAUUGAACAUAAUUCAAAUAAAAUGAAUAUUAUUUAUUCAAAACAACUUGAUAUACAAGAUGAUGGUUGUGCUGUUGAUUUACAAUAUAUUGAUUCUGGUUCACAAUCAUUACUUGUUUAUGCAACACUUUAUGGUUCAUUAAUUGGUUUAGAUUUACGUUGUAAUAAUCCAGCUUGGAGACUUGAAAAUGAUCUUAAACAUGGUGUUAUAACAUCAUUUUGUGUUAAUAAUUAUCAACAAUGGUUAGCACUUGGUACAAGUUCUGGUGUACAUAUUUGUUGGGAUUUAAGAUUUCAAUUACCAAUAAGUAGUAUUAAACAUCCAACUGGUGCACGUGUUAGAAAAGUAACAACACAUCCAACUGAACAAUCAUGGAUAAUAUCAGCAGUACAAGGUAAUAAUGAAAUAUCAAUGUGGAAUUUAGAAACUGGUUUUCGACAAAUGGUAUUAUGGGCAUCAUCAGCACCACCAUUAAGUCAUUCACAAGAAGGUCAUAGUGUUUGUGCAAUGUAUCCUGGUACAAUUGAUAAAUCUGGUUUUUUAUUAGCUGGUGGUACAGAUAUGAGAUUACGUUUUUGGGAUUUAAAUAGACCAAAUGAAUCAUAUAUUGCAUUACCAGCAUCAUCUGAUUCAAUAACACCAAAUUCAUUAUUAUAUGAACAAAGAUUAAUUGAUGGUACAAAUGUUGUACAAGAAGUUACUGCUGGUAUUAGUAGUAAUACAUCAACAAGAAAUAGAACAAGUGAAGAAGGACCACCACCAACACUUGACAUACCAAAUUCAAGACAUCAUGAUACAAUAUCUGCUGUUGCAAUGUCAAAUACAUGUAUAUUAACUGGUAGUACUGAUGGAUUAAUUCAAGUAUGGAAAUAAGAAUUAUGUAAGAAUUUUUUUUUGUUAUAUUUUAAAAAUUUAUUACACAUUGGCCUCGUUGUGUAUAACUGCGUUGUUUUUUUUUUUUGUUUAUUUUUCUAAUUUACAAAAAAAAAAGACAACAAGUAUUUUGAAAUUUUUUUUAAUUCUUCAUUUGAACUUUAAAUUAUUACGAUAUUAUCUAAUCUAAGUAAAUUAUUUUUGUAAAUAUAUAAAAUAAACAAAAAAUUAUUAUCAAAAAAAAAAAGAUCUUUUACAUAUACUUAUAUAAAUUCAAAAAAUAAAUAAAAUUAUUAAAUAAUUUUUUUUUUUUUAUUAAGGAUAUUGUUUAUCCACAAAUAACAAGACUUAUAAUAUAUAUUAUAUAAAUGUUAUAAACAUAAUAAAAAAUUAAAUACAGUUGUAUAAAAUAAUUAAUUAAA